UAUGCCGCCGUCUGCGUUGAGACUGAAAAUCACUCACCAUUCGGUGAAUCGAGCAGAUGAGGACUACAUGGAAAUGAUCAAGCACCGAUCUUUUUACAAUCUUCCUCCGGAGCACAGAUUCUGAGUCCACAGUCUAGUCUCACACCAUGACUUUAAACGACAGCAAACUCAGGCCAAACCCCCAGAACGAGCCAGCGACAUGUCAAUCGGGCAUCGAGGCAGAGCCACCUAAAUACUCACGAGACACAUCGCCACCAGUGUACUCUAGCGUUGAAGAGCAAUGGGACGUCCGGUUUACAACAAGAUACAUACCCGGAGACGCGGAGCCCGGUCAUGGCAGGAAGGGCAUGCUGGUCUCCCGCGCUGUACGUGAUCAAGGUCGCUUGACCUGUGCACGAUAUGGUAUCGCAGAUCAGAAGCAAGCACAACCAGACGUUGUAUUCACCUGUGCCUUACAACCACGGGUGAGUCGUUUAGGGACCGAUUGGGCCAGGUCGAUGAUGAUCUGGUCCAGUUGGAAGACAGCACGAGAAUUGGCCACCCAUCGACAUGUUAAGAAAUGCCAAUGCGACUCUAAGUAUAUUGCAACGGGAUUCAGUGCGCAUGGGGAUAUGACGAGGAUGUGUAAUGUCCGGGACGCAAAGGUGAAGAAGCGCAUGGAAAGGCAUGACAGGAGAUGUGCUUGCAACGUAUUCAAGUCCGUGGUCGAGUCCUCUAGUGUGGUUGGUGGUUGACUUGUUUGACCAAGUUUGCAGUUGAGGUAUUCAGUUCUACACCAAA